AUGCAGUCCGAAGCAUACUUGGAUGCACCAUUGAGCGCUUAUGGCGAACAGCAAGCGACGGACAUGAAGCAGAAAAUAUUGGAAUUAAACGCCGAAGUCGCCAUAAGUUCCCCGUACAGGCGAACCAUUGAGACCUGCCUGCGAUCCUAUGGGAGCCAGAAUGUUGUUAUUUCCCACUGGUGCGGCGAGAGAGGGGAAUCACUGUGCGACAUAGGCAACACAAAGGACAGCCUCGAGAAAAUGUAUCCAACGCUUGAUUUUAGUGAUCUGCCGCCAAACGUUUGGUGGUACGUGGAAGAAAGCUUGAAAGAUCAGCUAACGGAUCAGAGGAAGUGCUACGAGUGGAUAGUGACCAACGGGACCUUUUUAAUGGGUGAAACCGACGAACAUUUUCAGCGAAGAAUAGAGCAGUUUCACUCGUUUCUGCAAAGCCGAAACGAGAACAACAUCUUGGUGUUUUCACACAGGCAUUGA